UCCUCUCUCAGCUCACUGGGUUUUACCACCCACUAACUUGUUCACGACCUCUGCUUUCUCGCCCUCAUUUUUUUACUAUAUUUCUUAGGCUCCCGAUUAUCCCAUUUACCGGGGGGAAAAAAAAAAAGCAUUUUUGUUUUUUUAGUCUUUUUCUUAGCAUUUUGUGUAAUUUUGUUGGUUGAAGCUUAAAAUCAGCAGUUAUUCUGUAAAAUCUCUGGUUUUUGGAGGUUAAUAUUAUUUUGUUUAGCAUGCCGAAGAUGAUUUGGAGUGUUCUUUUCCUCUGAGAAGCUGAAAGAUGUGGGGUUUUAUUCAUGUUCUUAAUGAGCGCUUCAAUGGUCUUGUGCGAAAACUUGAACUUCAUUAACCCCAAAGUAUAUUGGAACCCGUCUUCUCUGCAUAAUUCUCCGACUUUUGUGGUUCGUUUUGGUGGUAAAAGAAGAAGGAUUAGUGGGUUCAUUCCAUAUGCAAAGAAGAAGAGCCAUUCCAGGAAAAGGAGUUGGUGGCAGAAGUUCUUCUUCGAUGAAGAUGGGAAUUGGCUUGGUCUGAAGGAUGAUGACAUGCUGGUGGAUGAAUCAGCUAGCUCAAGUGACGAAGAAAUGUCUGAAGAUGAAAAAUUUGAGGCAUGGAAGAGGAGAGCUGAAGCAAUCAUAGAGUUAAGGGAAGCACAAGAAGAUUUGAGUAAUGAGGAGAGUCGGAGGUGGGAAGAUUGGCUUGUAGAUGGGACCAAUGGUGCCUAUAACAAUUCUUCCUCAUGGAGUCAAGAUUGGGACAAUGGGGGUGUUGAUGAAUCAACGGAAGGUGUGAAGUUGGACCCUAGUGAGAUGAUUCCCGAAAAGGGAUUGGUUGAGUCUGUGAGAGAUUUGGUUCUUGGGAGAGAAGAUGAUGAUAUGCUUUACGAAGAUCGAGUUUUCCAGUACGCUUCGGUCAAUUCGGCUAAAUUUUUGGCCAUAUUGAUCAUUGUACCCUGGGCCUUGGAUUUUGUGGUUCAUGACUAUGUUCUCAUGCCUUUUCUGGACAGAUAUGUGAAAACUGUUCCACUAGCAGCACAAAUGCUUGAUGUAAGAAGACCUCAAAAGCUUGAUAUGGUUGAGAAACUAAAAAUUGAGAAAGCAAGAUUUCGGCUUGAAGUGGAGAUUGGCAAAGCUCCACCUCUCUCUGACGAGGAAGUUUGGUGGGAGCUGCGGCAGAAAGCAUUAGAGUUUAGAGAGGAGUGGAGAUUAGAGAACCGUAGUGCAUUUGCCAACAUUUGGUCAGAUAUGGUGUUUGGAAUCUCGUUAUUCAUUCUUUUAUACUGCAAUCAGGGUAAAGUAGCUUUGCUGAAAUUUACAGGUUAUAAAAUAAUAAAUAAUAUUUCAGAUACUGGGAAGGCAUUUCUAAUUAUACUUACCACAGAUAUUUUUUUAGGGUAUCACUCUGAGUCUGGUUGGCAGACUUUGUUAGAGAUUUUUGUUGAACAUUAUGGCCUUGAGGUUGAUCAGUCUGCCAUAACCAUUUUUGUCUGCCUGAUUCCAGUUGUCAUUGAUGCAUGUGUCAAACUAUGGUUGUUUAAAUUCCUUCCAAGAUUAUCACCAAAGGUGGCAAACAUAUUCCGAGAAAUGAAGCGGCAUUAGUGAAAUUCUUUCUCGAAUUUUCUCUGCCAGAGUCGGAAAAUUCAAACAUGCUACCAGAUGCACUCUAUGUGUAUUUUUAUUUGCAUUUAUGAUUUCCGCUCUAAUUCAUUCCUCCAUUUAUAUAUAUAUAUAUAUAUAUAUACACACACACUAUAGAGAGAGAGAGACUCAGAUUGUUUUUAGUUUGCAAAAUGAAUCACAGAAAGUUUGAUUUAGUUCAAGCUUCUGUGAAUGGAUGGGAGAUUGUUGUUGUUAGCAUACCAUUCGUUUACAUAACUUUGUUGUUGUUGUUAGCAUACCAUUCGUUUACAUAACUUUGUUGUUGUUGGGAUACCAUUCGUUUACAUAAUUUAAUUGUAAAGACGAUUAAGAUAUUACCUAGUGAUUAUAUUUCGUUCUCUUGAAUAGUUGUAUGGGAGCUGAUAUUGAGGGUUAAGAAUGAUAAACAGCUUUCAUUAUGCGUAUAUAUCAGAGAUUCUCUA